AUGGCCAGGUCCUAUAUGUUUGAUAGUAAAACAACAGAAAACAGAAGAAAAAUGAGGGAGGAGCAGCAGGUUGAGCUUCGACAGCAAAAAAAAGAGGAGCUUUUGAACAAGAAAAGAAAUCUUUCCAUUUCUGCAUCAACCAUUUCCAAUUUCAUCCCUAUGAAGGAAAAGCUAUUUAGUAACGAUCUAGAGCAAGCUCAUCAGGGUGUUUAUGAGUUCAGGUCAUUGCUGAGUGUAGAAGAUUCUCCCCCGAUUCAACCAGUCAUAGACUCUGGAUGUGUUCCCAGGUUUAUAGAGCUUAUGAAUAUAUCCUUUUUAAUGUCAUCCGAAAUGACAAUGAGCGGAAUCCCAAUCUCCAGGAUACAGCAGGAUAUGCCUGAGUUUGGUGUUGCUAUGGAUAUAAUAAAUAAAAUUAGGGUAGAGGCUGCGUGGGUCAUAACAAAUAUCUCAUCGGGAUCCACUCAGCAAACAAAAGUAGUUAUAGAUUGCGGGGCAGUCCCUCUUCUGAUCCAGAUGCUUCUGGACACAAAUGACGCAGUUCUGGAUCAAAGUGUAUGGGCCUUGGGAAACAUUGCCGGAGAUUCAGAGGGGAUGAGAGAUAUAAUACUUGAAACAGGAGCCAUCGAUACUGUUCUCGGACUGCUUCAAAAACUCCAUGAAAGCGUGAUUCACAUAAAAAUAGUUAGAAAUCUUACCUGGCUCCUUUCGAAUCUCAACAGAGGGAGAAAUCCACCGCCAAAUGAACAGAACAUGAAAAAGUCAUUGGAGGUCCUUUUCAAGCUAAUUAACAUAAGAGAUCCAGAGGUUGUUAGUGAUGCCUAUUGGGCUCUUAGUUACAUUGUAGAUGUGAGCAUGGAGUGUGGAGACAUAGUGAUUGGAAGUGGAACAAUGAGUAGAACAUAUUCUCUCCUGGAAGCUCUUACCAAUCGACUGAUCGGAAUAUCUUACUCGUCGGAAGACGCAAAGAUAUGCCUGUGCGCAAUUUCUCCAAUAAUAAGGAUGAUAGGAAACAUAGUAACAGGCUCCGAUGACCAGACAAGUGCUCUGAUACAAAUGGGGUUUAUGAAAUUCUUCAGACCUAUAUUCUACAGACUGGAGAACAAAAAGCAGCCAAGACUAAGGAAGGAGAUAUGUUGGACACUUUCGAACAUCACGGCUGGAACUGCAGAGCAUGCAAAAUCCGUUGUAGAUGCGGAUCUUGUUCCUCUUCUCAUUGACUCGAUGUCGUCCUACGAGCUGUUUAUAAGAAAGGAAGCUUGCUGGGCAGUUUUGAACUUAAUGUAUCAUUGUAACAAUCUCCCUAGUAGUUCUGACACGAAGUUUGAAUGGCUUAAGACUCUUAUGGACAAUAGCUUCAUUGAUGCCCUGCAAAGCUAUUUAGAUGUAGUUCCAAAUGUUCCUGAAAUGCAAUGCCAAAUACUUGAUUGCUUUAGAUACGCCUUGAAUGGAGGAAGACAGUGGGAGCUCCGAUACGGUAAGAAUCCCAUAUAUGAGAAGAUUGUUGAGGCAGAUAUAGUCGACGCAAUAGAAGGGCUGCAGGACAGUAGCGACAGAACUGUUUCGGACAAAGCAUAUUCCAUCAUUGUUGACUUUUUUGAUGGAAUUGAUAAUUAA